GCCCGUAAUGCGGGUUAUGUGAGUGUUCUGGUCCACGUAUGUGGGCGUGGGUUCGAAUCCCACUCUUGACACCAUUUUUUUCUUUUUUUUAUCCAUUUCUUUUUCUUUUUUUUUCUUUUAGGCAAAGACAACUUAUCAAAAAGCCAUGAUCCAACUAACAGAAGAGAGGCAGCAACACGAAGUAGCAAUCACCGAAUACAAGCAGCUACAUAAGCAGUUGGAUGAGGGCCAUCAAAAACAGAAGGAAGAGCUACAUCAAGAACUACUGGAAGUCAAAGCUAAACUUGGCAGCCCUGGUUCAGAAUCCUCCACUUCUGAUCAUCUCUCCUCAUUAUCCUCAGAGCAAAGACUAAGACAAGUAGAACUAGAACUAGCACAAACUAAACUCGCACUGGUAGAGGCCCAAUGCAAAAACCAGGAACUAGAACAUAAAAUCGCUGAACUAAACAACGAACUAUCAUCAAAAGGAAAAGCAUCGUCUUGGCUCUCUAGAUUUAACUAGUGACGCGUGCGUGCGUGUUUUACCUUAUUAUUAUUAUUUGUUGUUAUUAUUAUUAUUAUUGUUUGUUUGUUGUUGUUUAUCGGCUGUGUUUGUGUAUGAUUUUAGUAAUUAUUACAACCAUAAGGUGCAUCAUUACUGAUGUUAUUGUUA